AUGAUUACAAAGCCUCAAGGCUCGACCGCCCCAACGGGCAGCCAGAGCAGCCGGGCCAAGCGCGAGCGCAACCGAACACACACUCCUCGUCCCUCCAAUUCUUUCAUCCUCUACAGACGGGAAAAGCACGCCGAGAUCACCGCCAACUUCAAGGGGCCCAAGGGCAUCAACAACAACAUCAUAUCCAAAAUCGUUGCGGCCAUGUGGAAGUCCGAAACGCCCGAAAUCAAGGAGAUUUAUGCAAAGAAGGCCGAGGAAGAAAAGAAAGCCCACAUGCUCAAGUAUCCUGAUUACAAAUACCGCCCAAAGAAA